AUGCUGAUCGUUUCCUUACUUUAUUUGUUUUUGUUUUGGAAAGAAGUCUCUCCAUGGACAGAUUACCAGACAGUGAAUAUUCUGGCUCUCACAAGACUAAAGAACAAUGGCUUAAUAGACCAGGAGGUGGUGGUCCUGGUGAACGAUGCCAUAUUCGCCUACUUCGACAGUGGAAAUAAAACUUUUGUUUUACGCCCCAGUGCCAGCGCGGGUUUCAGUGUACUUGAGGAUUCAGAGCGUAAGUUCUGCAUGGAUGAGGUUCUGCAAGGAUUUUCCCGCCAAAAGGAGUAUCUCGACAAGCUGAUAACGGAAACCAAGGCCACUAAGCCUCCAAAAGUGAGCCCCUCUAUCAAUGUGUACUCCCAGUUUCCUGUGAUACCUGGGGACCCCAUCUACCUCUACUGCUAUGCCACCGGGUUUUACCCGGGAGACAUCAAGAUGACGUUUCUCCAAAAUAGACAUCCAUUCCCAGGCGAGGCAGUGACUUCUGACCUGGUGUAUGGGGAAGACUGGUCAUUCCGGGUCUUCAAAUACGUGGCCAUCUCCCCAUUGCCUGGUGAAGAGUACUCAUGCAAGGUGGAACACAGCAGUAUGAAAAAGGCCAAGACAGUCAUCUGGAGGCCUACUCAACAGAGCAGUUUACCAUCGUGGGUUUUGGUUGUGUGUGAGGUUUUUGGUGGAUUUGCUGUUGGAAUCAUACUGCAGAGAAACAUGAUAAAGAACUACCCAUGCUAG